AUGGUCGACAUCGUCCCCCUCUCCUCCUACCCCUCCUACAUCGACCUUCUCCCCGGAAUUCAAACCUGCAACAUCACCAACCUGCCCGAGAACUACUUCCUGAAAUACUACCUUUAUCACGCCCUAACAUGGCCCCAGCUUUCAUUUGUAGCUGUCGUACGCCCUAAGAAUGGCUACAAGAAUGGUGGUUCGGGACCCGGCGCUGCUGGCGAUCUCUCAGGCCAGUACCCCAAGGUUGUCGGAUAUGUUCUUGCCAAGAUGGAAGAGGAGCCGACAGACGGUGUGCAACAUGGACAUAUCACCAGUCUGAGUGUGAUGCGGACUCACCGACGACUGGGUAUUGCAGAGCGAUUGAUGCGAAUGAGUCAACGAGCAAUGGCCGAGUCCCACCGCGCAAACUACGUCUCCCUGCACGUGCGCGUCUCCAAUAUCGCUGCGUUGCGUCUAUACCGGGACACACUCGCCUUCGAGGUCGAGAAGAUAGAAAGCAAGUACUAUGCUGAUGGGGAAGAUGCUUACGCCAUGAAACUGGAUCUGAAGCCGCAGUGGCUGGACUGGAAGGCUAUUGAGAAGCGGGAGUUGGAGGAGAGCAAGGAUGACGAUGCGCAAGAUGAGGGUGAUGAGGUUGGGUCGCUUGGCAAGAAGGAUGAUGAGAAAAUGAUGCGCGUUAAGGUUGGGAGAGCUUUGGGUGUUGGUGACUUGGUUGAGAAGAGUGAGGUUCAGCAGACAUGA